GUGUGCACACUUUGAUAACUUUUUGAGCAUUGUUCCAAAUUGCUGAGCCCCCUUUUUCUUGGGAGAGUUUGAUGAUAUCUUCCAUGGUAAAAGACUCAGGGCCAGACUUUUCCUAAACAGUGUUUUCUUUUAACAUGCUGCAUAAGAAUAAGUUGGGGAAAACUUACAUGAACUUAUCUGAAGUGAACAGAAGGAAGAGAACAGGUUAUCCAAGAACAGCAUCACGAUUGAGGAAAACAAUUUUGAAAGACUUCAGAACCCUGACAAUUGCAGUGACCCGCCAACAUCCCAGAAGCCCCCGGAGGAAAUAUGUCAUCUACCUUCUGAGAAAAAGCCCCAAGGCCCCGACUAGUCUCUACUAGUGAGGGCUCUUACGUCACCUUCCUCCACGCCGAUAAAAGCCCAGGAUCCCAGGAAUCAGAGCAUUUCUGCUACCAAGCUCUCAGACACUUAGCAGUUGUAGCCCUGGUAUCAAGUCCUCCGGACCCUACUCCCAUAAGAUCAUGGCAUCUCAAAACCAAAUCACAGUGCUUGUCUUCUCCAUCUUCACCAUGGCUAUCCUGUUCUCCUCAGGAGCUCCAGUGACCCCCCCGGACCCCCCAGUGAUGGUGUGCCAGCCCUGGCUCCUGUGUGGGAGCGUGGCCUACAACCCCCAGGAGAAGCAGUGCUGUGAGGACGGCAGCGUCCAGUCCUUGCCCCGGAGCUGUGGCCCUGAGCUUACCUUUGACCCCUGCUCUCAGCGCUGCUGCCCCCACUCUGUCCAGCGAAAGUUCACCGUGGUUGAGAAGACACAGGAAGGGAUUGAGAGAACGGGCUGUGAAUACUCCAGUUAGGAGCUGGCAGCAGGGGAAAGGCGGCUCUCACCUCCAGAGGCACUUCCAGACCCAAGAGAUCAAAGCCUCCACGUUGCCUGGGGUUUCUUCAGUGGAUGGGCCUUGGGGGGUGGGGAGGGGAGAGAGAAGGACACCUGUCGGGCGCAUGGCUCUCUCCUCCAGGGUGGAUCUGCCUAUCGGGGCCAUCCAUGUGCCUCUGCUGAACUUGGGCCCAGGGACUCAGGGGUGGGUUAAGAGCCUUCAGGAACAGUCUCUCGGCCUCGUUUCUGGCCAGCUGGGAGGCCAGUGUCAAUCACGCUCAAUCCACUGGGCGCUGCCUCCCUCUUCCUUCUUAUUUGAGUAUUUAUAAGGAAUACACCUCCUUAUCCACAGCCAUACCCCCAGUCCCUUUAUACUUUCGUUAGAACCUCCCAAAAACAGCCUUGCGAGGAAGGGAGGGCAGUAUUGGCCCCUUUUUGCAGAUGGGGAAACUGAGGCCCAGAAAGGGGUCAAAUCUUGCCCAUGGUAACACAGCCGGUCAAGGCUGAAAUUGCAGGUCUCCUCACGCAGAGCUACCCAUACACUCAAGCAGGAGUGGGGCCCAGACAGCCACGCGCCCCUGCGGACCCCCCGGUUUUCUCCCUUCUUGGACCCUGGCUCCAAUGCCAAGUCCUGGGCUGGGGAGGGGCGGCAGAUUGAGCUGGGAAGCCCGAGAGGCCCCAGGCAGCAGCAGAGACACACAAUGAGCAGGAGGGAGGGAGGGAGCCCGGAGCCCCCAGACUCAGACCGGAACCGCUCUGGGCCGGGACAAAGGGCUUGCUGGGGGCCAGAAGGAGCACGAAUAAAACACUGCCUUGGGCUCUCAGAUCUGGCCUGCUCGUAUCGCCUUUGUUGCCAAGGAAGGGAGGGACUGGCGCCGGGCACCGGUGGGAAGGGAUUUCCCCACUUUCCCUGAACCCCAUCCAGCAGCCUGCUGGGAGCCUGAGCAGCAACAGUGGUGCAAAGUGAGCUCAGCGCUCCCCCUCGUGGGCACAGAGGAAAAGAGCGAGCCCUGGUCACUCGGGGCUCACACAAGGGACUCGGGAAGUUGUCAUUGGCCACUAGAGGUAGUAAGAGCUACCACUGAGAGAGGCGUCAUCUGUCGUCUCAUUUUCUGCGGGAGCCAGAGCCGGAGGGACCCAGAGGCUUCCUGCUCGGCCCCCGGACAUGAGAAAGCCAGGGCUCAUUGGGAGGGACGAGCGGGGUCCGUGACCCCGGCUCUAAAGCUGGCUCUCCUCCCCCUGCGCCGCCCCAUCUCCCUGCAGGGAAAACGAGGAAUGGGAAGGGACCAGUCCAAGCUACCAAGUGCAUUGGUGGCCAAACCAGGACCUGAGACCUGGUCUCUUGCCCAAACAACUGUCACAAAACCAGGAAACUCACUAGGAAAGGGGCUGGUGAGGUUCCCAGGCCACAGAAGAGGACGGACAAAGGAGAAGUCUUCUUUAGGGUCACCAGCUAUUCCCCCUCUCUGGAGCUGUCCCCUGAAGUCAAGUAGUCAGUCAGUUGGUCAACAAACGUUUAAAUGUCCACUAUAUGUCAGGGGAAGAAGACCAGUGUGUCCCACUGUUGGGUCCAAGGCCAAAUCUAGUCGUCCUGCUCUAUGUUCUGCCACUGGACUCAGAUGGCCCUGAAAGAAAAAGUGAGGCAGGUGACCU